AUGCCGGUAACCCGUUUCGUCUUUCUUUAUCUAUUCAAAUGGAAGACAUUGACUGUCAUCAGUAAAAAUAAAUCUUCGACCAAGGUUACAUUAUUUAUACAACGAGGGAAAACAUUUCAUGCUUACUAUUGCAUGGGUAAUAAUAGCACAUCAGCCCAUCUCUCUGCUAAUCUCAUUGAUGCUCCAGUACCUGUAGCAGAUGAUGUAUUCAAAGUUGAUAAUAUCAAUUCGUACGGUCGAAAACAUGCCGUAGCAAAGAUUCAGGUAUCAAAUGACAGUUUAUGUAUUCGACAAAAACAUCGACAAUCGUUAUAUAUUCCACUCGAAACAAUAAAACGAUAUGGCUUGGACGGCUCCAUCUUCAUUCUAGAAUGCGGCCGUCGAGCACCACUUGGUCAAGCACGAUAUGCAUUUCGUUGUAAACAAGCACGUUGUCUAGUCGAUUGUAUUGACCAACGCAUACUUCUUCGUUCAAAACAACUCUCGGAACAGCCAAGACGUGGUGCAGUUACAGCAUCUGUAUCUGCGCUGACGAAUCUCUCAUCAAGUUCACGGUAUCGACGUCGACGAACGCAAUCCGACCAUGGACAACCUCGUCGCGCGCCAUCAUCCGUACUUUUCUCAUCAUCAUCUUCAGCGUCUAUUUCAUUUAUCUCGAGAGCAACGUUUUCAUAUCGAAACUCUGUACCGAAUCUAUCAGAAAACUACAUACCGUUUGAUACACUACCUAGCAACAGUCGUGAGGGUAUCGAAGAAGAAGAAAGGCAGUUUGUUGUCAAGAUGAAGCAACCGAUUGAAAAGUUAUCCUCGCCUGAUUUGAAUUAUUUAGAAUUUAAACAAGGUUCAAUCAAAUUGGCAACAGAAGAGGAAGAUCUUUCUACGGGGUUAGACGUGCCAACUAUCAGUUCAGAAGAAGAAUCAACACAACAAUCUUCCGUACAACAAGCGCAUAAACGAUCACUUUUAUCAUUGUUUAAUCACCAUCAACAGAAGUUGAGCAAAUCGAAGACAGCGAAUCAAACAAAUUCAUCUCCAAUUUCUACACUAAAUUCUAAUCCAUCGACAACGACCCCUUAUGUUUACAUUGAUCAUGAGAAAACGAUAACAUUAACGGAAAUAGCAAAUAAACGAUUACGACACCAGCAACAAAUACGUCAUGUUGAAGUGUAG